AUGUUGUCGCAAAAACCCGCCACCCCAAAUGGUGACAAAGAUCAACAACCUGAUCAAAUCGCCAAUCGCAUUAAGCCUGUGGCCACCCUAGAAUACCGCGACCCGAAUGGCCCUGUGGUCUACAAAUCUGGCGAAGAAGUCUACAAAAACGCCUGUAUCUCCUGCCACGGCACAGGCGCGGCAGGCGCACCAAAAGUAGGCAGCGGUGAUUGGACAUCGCGUGCAGGUCAAGGUUAUGCCACCUUACUUAAACAUUCCAUCGAUGGUAUCCGUGGCAUGCCAGCUCGAGGCGGUACGAGUCCUGAUGAUUAUAGUGACUUUGAACUCGGUCGCGCUAUUGUUUAUAUGGUGAACAAUUCAGGCGGUCACAUGGCAGAACCCACCGAGCCUACCAAAGCUGCUCCUGCGGCUGAUACGGCAUCAAACGCUACACCUACACCAGAUGCUGCAACAGCCUCCUCACCAGCUGCAACACCAACAGAAGUGGUUGCCGUUGCAGAAAAAGUUGUUGAAACCCCUAAAAUCGACGGCAAAACUAUUGUUGAAUCAAGCUGCAUGGCAUGUCAUGGUGCCAAUGGUCCAGGACCUACCGUGGGUAAUAAAGCAGCAUGGGCAACACGCUUAACAAAAGGCGAAGAAGGUCUAUAUCAGUCAGGCCUAAAAGGUAUUAAUGCCAUGCCACCUAAAGGCGGUUUUGCUGGUAGUGAUGAGGAGUUCAAAGCUGCCGUUGACUAUAUGGUAAGUCAAGCAAAGUAG